UAAAUCAUCAUGAGGAGUGUAGCAAUGCUAAUGAUCGCCCCCGCCAUGCAACGCCAACAAUCGAUCCCUGCUUGACCAGAUACGUCAUCCGGAUGUCACCACCAGCCCUACUAUAAACCAAACAACUUCACCAUACCAUCCACCAAGUACUACCACUACUCACACAUUAUCACUUCUUACACCCAACCCACCCUCACAACCACCACCACAACAGCAAAGAUAUCACCACCACCACAGCACCACCAAAAUGCCCACCAAAAAAGUCCUCAUCAUCCUCAGCGACGCGCACUCCUUCCCCCUCAAAACCUCCACCUCCCCCACGACCACCCACGACCAACCCACCGGCUUCUUCCUCCCCGAACUCGCCAAACCCCUCUCCAAACUCCUCUCCGCCGGCCACGAAAUCACCUUCGCCUCACCCAAGGGCCACCCCCCCACCCCCGACCCCCUCAGCGAAUCCCUCCUCACCUUCGCCGGCAACUUCUACGAACGCCGCCGCGAAACCGCCCUCAUCGAGCGCAUGCGUCGCGAGAACGGCUUCUCGUCCCCGCGACCCUUCUCCACCAUCACCAAUGAAGAAUUAACCACCUUCGCGGCGGUGUUUAUCCCCGGUGGUCAUGCCCCGCUGACUGAUCUGGGGAGUGAUAAGGAAUUGGGCAGGAUAUUGAGAUACUUUCAUGGGGAGAAUAAGCCCACGGCGGCGAUUUGUCAUGGGCCGUAUGCGUUGUUGAGUACUCGGUUUGGUGGGGGGGAGGAUGAGGGGUUCGUGUAUAAGGGGUAUGAGAUUACGUGUUGGAGUGAUGCGGAGGAGAAGGUGAUGGAGACGUGGUUGGGGGGGAAGAUUGAGAAGGUGGAGGGGGCGUUGAGGAGGGAGGGGGCGGUUAUGGUGCAGGGCGUCAAGGAGGGGACGGGGGGGACGACGCUGUGUAGGGAGUUGUUGACGGGGGGGAAUCCCCUCGCUGCGGAAGAGUUGGGGGAGAGGUUUGUGAGGAUGGUUAGUGUUUGA